AUGCUGGACGUGUUGAUCAUUGGGGGUGGGCCUCACGCCUUGACCCUGGCCAGCAUGCUGUCACCCUCGUACCCCAAACACAAUUCAAAUCCAAGACCAGAGCAUACAGGAGAAGGGCACUUCACCAAGUCCACACGUGCAGAAGGCGGCAUUCGUCCGCCAGACAUCAAUCUGCAAGUGGUUGACGCCUAUGGCGAGUGGAUUUCUUUGUGGAAGAGUCAAUUCACAGCACUAAAUAUCCCCCAUUUGCGCUCACACACACUGGUGCACACGGACUCUGUCAACAAGAAAGCACUGCAGGAGUUUGUGUUAAAGCACAAUCGUUCGACUGAGCUUCAUAGUCUCCCAGACCGGGUGCUCAUUCUGGAUGACAACGCUUUUUUCAAUGACACGCGGCUCGGCAGGAAAGAGAGAAAAUGUCUAAAUGUCUUCUCCAAUCUCAAGAAUAGUUUGUCCUUCAGUCUGCCAGGAACUGACCUCAGCGUGGAUUUCUUUAAAGAUCAGGUGGAGAGAUAUAACUUGAACAAAGUGCUUGUGAAGGGAACUGUUACUCGCAUCACCACAGUGACUGAAGGCGAGCAAAUAGUCAAAUAUUUCCAAGUCCAACUUGAAGAUGGCGCCAUGCUCAAAGCUCAUCGGGUGGUUAUGGCAACAGGGCCCACCCGCGCCCAGAUGGCAAACAUCCCGCAGUGGGUGACUGAUAUCGAGGAGAGCUAUUCAGAAGAGCACCUGCAACACACUGUGCACCUCAUGCACGCUUUAUCAAGAACACAGCAAAACUCUCAAGACACUGACAGGCCGUGUGUGGUGUGUGAGGCAGGCCAGAGAGUAAUGGUCGUUGGUGGAGGUCUGACCAGCGCUCAUGUCGUCUCCAUCGCACUGCAGAAUGGGGCCAGUCAUGUGACAUGGGUCAUGAGAAAGCACCUCCAGUUGAAGCAGUUUGAUGCGGGUGAUGUGGAGAGCCUGGUGGGUCGUUACUCCCAUGUGGAGCAUGGCAUCAAGAUGGAUGGCCAAGCCUUCCUCAGGCAGUUCUUUAAUGAGAGAAGUCUUCACAAGCGACUGGCUAUGAUUCGUCAGGCAAGGAAAGGAGGUGCCGUCACCCCAGAGGCCUACAUCCAAUUACAGCCAUUUAUUUUGAAAGGACAGGUGGCUGUGAAGACGUAUUGUCAGGUGAGGGAAGCCAACUGGUGCUAUAAGAAUCAGGCCUGGAGGUUGUCCCUCAGCGAUGGAGACCUUUGGACAGGAGAUACGAUUUGGUUGGCCACUGGGUGUAAACUUGAUGUCAAACAGGACCCUUUGCUUUCUGAAGUGAUGAAUGAAUUCCCUAUUCAGGUACUUGAUGGCUGGCCAUGCAUAUCAGAGAGUUUACAGUGGACAGAGGGAUGCCCUCUAUACUUGAUGGGGCAGUACACUGCUCUUCAGAUUGGACCUCAUGCAGUAAACCUGGCAGGUGGACAGGCAGCCAGUAUGAGAAUUGCCAAGCACAUCCUGCACCAUCACAACAACUUGGAGGUGACUGAGCCGGGAGCCGGAAGAUCUAAAACUGAAGAAUAUAUUCAGCAAAUGCAAGGACUUUUAUGGCUCUAA